ACGCACACAUGCCGGAUUCUCAUGCGCUCAGCAGCAGAGCAAGCAGCCUCUUCCAGCCUUACUGUCUCUCCUACUACAAUCCCAGCAGCAGCUGCGCUCCUCGCGCUCCUCUCUUCGCCUGCGCGUGGAUGGAAGAAGGAACGGCUCAUUUCCGCAGCCACGGCGCAUGCGCCGGGGAGGAGACGCUCGCUCUGUCCUCAUGACGCGGUGACAGCAGACAAGCUGAGGAGCUCAGUUGCGAUCCAGUGCUUGGAGACUACCUUCAAGAUCAGCCCCAGUGACUGCCAUCUUGCUGUGUCCCAGCCACUUAGAGAGAUAUUCCUCAACGCCCUGCUCAAGAAUGACAACCUCACCGUACCAGAGACCUCCCCGUCUCCUGAAGACAUUGAGCGGGCAGAGCAGCUUAAAAAUGAAGGGAACAAUCAUAUGAAGGAGGAAAACUACAGAUGUGCGGUUGAAUGCUACACAAAGGCCAUAGAUCUGGACCUAAGAAACGCUGUGUACUAUUGCAACAGAGCUGCAGCUCACAGUAAGCUGGGCAAUUACACUGAGGCUACAGCUGACUGUGAAAGAGCUAUAGGGAUCGAUCCAACCUACAGUAAAGCAUAUGGGCGGAUGGGUUUGGCUUUAACUGCUAUGACCAAGUAUCCAGAGGCGAUUACAUACUUCAAAAAAGCCUUGGUUCUGGACCCAGAGAAUGACACGUACAAAUCCAACCUGAAGAUUGCGGAACAGAAGCAUAAAGAAGCCUCCAGCCCAAUUGCUGCUGGAUUAGGAUUUGACAUGGCUAGUUUAAUCAACAACCCUGCCUUCAUCAGCAUGGCUGCGAGCGUGAUGCAGAACCAACAAGUCCAACAGCUCAUGUCAGGAAUGAUGUCGAAUGCAGUCAGAGGUCCUGCGGCAGGAGUGGGAGGGAUGUCAGACAUUUCCAGCUUGAUUGAGGCGGGCCAACAGUUUGCCCAGCAAAUCCAGCAGCAGAACCCAGAGCUCAUCGAGCAGCUAAGGAACCACAUCAGGAGCCGUUCCUUCAGCGGCAGCGCCGAGGAGCACUCAUGAUUUAUUUGGACACUCUUUAUUUGCCUCCGAGGAAGAGCAACCAUAUGGCGCGAUAACAAUCUCUACACCCAUUUCUUUAUGUCCAAUCCCCGGGCACGGCUGGAAAGCAGAGACGAGGACGGGGUCGAAGGCACUUUACUGAGACCAAAGGAGAGGAGAAGCUGGAGACUGGACCAUUAAACUAAACAUCCCACACAAGUAAGACAAUACCAUAGACCCCUGGUGAUAAACAGGAGCCAAGAUGUCAAUCAGCCCACCAACAGAAUACCAAGUGAAUAUUCUCUCCAGCGCUUUUUAGAUUUGGUGGAGAUCAUGUGCUGGAUGUGGUGACGCUCCCGCCUUCUUCAUGUUCUGAGUUGAGGAUCCACCUCUCUAUUCGUAAGACAGAAAGAGUGGAGGAAGAAUGUACUUGAACUGCAUAGCAGGGAACAUUUGCAGCUUCUUUUCAUACAAAUACAACAUCAGGCUUAGUUUGUUUAUAAUGAUUCAUAUUAUUUUUCUAGUCAGAGUCAACUUUUAACACCGUGUUUGCUUCGUUUGAAUAAUAAACACUCAGCCCUGGAAUAUAUGGGACUCACAUCACUGCUAUUAAAUGCAUACACUUCAUCAUUUAAGGCAACGAUGUAAUUAUAUUAGCAGUGUUUGCAGCCUGUUCAGUUGGUGACCAACAACAUAUUCCUGCUGUUCGUUUCUGCAUGCUCUUAAAUCUGGUAUUUCACAUCAGAUGCUUUAUGGAAUCUAAUAUAUAUAUAUGCUGAGGCAGCACUUUGUUUUGUCUUAGUGAAUGAACAAUAAAUGUCUUAAAACUGA